CCAUAUGAAAAUUCAAAAAACUCUUCAGGGAUGGAUUAUAUAAAGACUGUUGAGGAUGCGGUAACUAGAUUCUACGCAGUAGGAGCACAUGAGGCUCAUUCGUGGUUAUUACAGUUUCAAUUUUCUCGAGAAGCUUGGAGCUUUAUAUGGCAACUACUAGAUCCUUCUAAGACACGAGAAGUACAGUUUUUUGCAGCUAAUACUUUAUAUGAAAAAAUAUCAAAGCAAUGGGAUGAAGUCCCUAAAGAGGAAUAUUUAACCUUACGGAAUCGUCUGCUUGUGUACAUGAGGCAGUCUAACGUUCCCAAACUGGUCCUGUCAAGAUUAUGUCAAGCGUUAGCCGUCUUCUUAACCAAUAGUCAUUCUACAGAAAAUGAGGAAAAAGAGAAGACUUUAGUGGAAGAACUUGUAGAAAUAUUACCUUAUGAUUCUCCAUCGACAUUGGACUUACUCCUUCGAGUACUUUCAGCUCUUCCCGAAGAAUUUGGUAAAAGACAAGGGGUGAGGCGAACUAGACUCCGAGAAGGUUUAGUUGAAUCUUGGUGCAAAACCACAUGGAUUCUACAACAAGUAUUUUCGACCUGUGAUCGUCCUAGUUCUGAAGGUAGCAAUAGUACAUUGUAUCUCUUGGGAAUAGAAUGUGCAUUUUCGUGGUUGAAAAUGGGACAAUUACCUCUCGAAACAACCGGACGUAUUUUUCCUCAUUUGCUCGAAGCUGCAAGUUGCUACGCACCGAACAGAACGGUAUCAAACGAAGAAAGUCACAGAGGCUGGGAAAUUGUACAAGAAUGCCUGAUUCUGGUGGUAACGCAUGCCGAACUCCAGAAGAGGCCUCAGUUAUUAUGGGAAUGGUCACGAGGUUUAGUCUGCACUGCUCGUCAGAAUGGAGGGAGGCACUUUUGCGAAAUUUUAACGGCACUUGGUGAAGCACAUAGUCGUGCCUUCCUUUUGGCAUUGAUUGAAGAACACGCCGAAGAACAAAAGUGGACAUCGGAAGGCUUGAUCGAGUUACUGUUACAGUGUUCCGAACAAGAGGGAAGGUAUCCGAUAGACGAGAAAAGUAGUUGCAUACCUUUUGGAUUUUGGUAUGCAUUACAAGACGACCUCACAACAUUAGAUCCUCCAUUUGAAAGCAGGGCUUCAUUUGCUUUACGACCCAUUUACGGUCGCCUAGCACAGGCUCUGUUACGAAAAGCAGCAUUACCAAAAUCAUCCAGAGAAAGUGGCGACAGCCAAGAGCGAGAAUUGUUAAGGUGUUAUAGACAAGAUGCUGCAGACACUCUUACGUACUGCUACAAUGUCCUAGGACAAGAUUUACUAUUACUUCUAGGACAGAGAUUGAGUCAAUUGAACGACGACUCGCAAAACUGGACCGACGUCGAAUCCACUUUACAUGCCUUCAGCGCAUUAUGCGAGAGCAUUAGAACCCAGGAAAAUCAUUACGUUGCCGCAUUAAUGGACUUGGUCUUAUCACAUAUUCCUUAUGGCGAAUAUCCUAGAGAAGUUUUAUCUUGUGCCUGCUCUGCGAUGGGAUCUUAUGCAGAAUGGAUAGGAGCUCAUCCCGAUCCAUGGUUGGAAAGAGCCUUGCAAUUGGUGACGUUAGGUCUCACGCAGGGUCCCUUUACUGCUCCUGCAGCUAGCAUGGCUCUUAAAGAUAUUGCAAGAGAAUGCGGUCCAUAUCUUGCCCCACUGGCUCCUUCGAUUUUGAAUACGAUCGGACGCACUCUUCAAACGGUAACUCCUGGUGGCGGAGAAGGACUUCGAUUGAUGUACGCAGCAGGAAAAUUAUUAAAUUCCUUGCCAUCGACCGAAGAACAGUUACGACAUUUGGACGCUACCCUGGGUCCUUGUGUGAUGCGUCUUCGAGAACUCUUGCAACAUCCUGCGUUAUCUGCAAGUGCAUCGGUGAUCAAUCAGUUGAUGAUGGCAGCGAUGCUGUUUUCCACUCUAGAUGGUUCCAUUGGGAAAACAGUGCUAGAUGGAUUGUUGCCGCUCUUCGAGCAGAUAGUUUCUCAUCCAGAAUGGGGAAGAGAUGAUGCUACCUUGAAUGCGAUGCAUACUUGUGCGCAGCGUUCUUUGGCGUCUCUCCUCCAUCCAGAAACGGAUGCACGUCCAUUACUUUCUAUGCUAUCAACGUCGUACAGGAUACGACCUCACCCUGCAGCAUUGAAUCUGCUUCGGCAGCUGGUGAUACUCUUCGGAAGAGAUCCUGAAAACGUUGUGGGUCCUAUAUUUGCUGAACUGAGUGGAUUGACCUUGGGGGGAGUAGCUGCUUGUCGAUCGGUGGGUGGCAAUAUGUCAGAUCUCUCCGAGCUUCUCGAGGCGUAUCUUUGUCUGCUUGCGCAAGUCUGCAAAAAGAGUGCUCGGAUCCUCUCUCAAGUGCCGGACCAGAUUCCAGAGAUGUUGCACUGUGGAAUCGACUGCCUCAGCCUUCCGGAGACAGGAACUGCCAGGGCUGCUGGUAGUUUCUUGACUCAUGCCAUUAUGCAUAGUCCUCAUCUCCAAACGUACAUUAAUCCCAUCGGUCAAGAACUUGUCUGCGUAAUCCUGCAAUGCGUGGGAGGCAAGGUGCCACGGAACAGUUUGGAACCUCAUGCCGAAGUUUUACUGGCAUUGAACAAAACUUGCUUGGAAUGGACUGCCCAAUGGCUUCGGCGAGCUUUGGCUGAAGGAAUCGCAGUAACUGAUGCUCAGAAAGAGACCUUCACGCGUAACAUCUUACGAGAACGAAUCAACAAGCAACAGCUCUCCGAGACGCUGAAGGACUUCAGUUUAUUGUGCCGACAGCCAAUGAUAGGACUGUGAUAUAGCACUAGGUAUUAGCGAUUAAGAGAUGAACUUCCAAAGGUAUAAAGCCAUGAUAACUGUAAGAACAUAUUCCUACGAUAAGUUACGAUAUGUCAAUAAAUUAGCACGGCAUCUCACAUUGUUUCCAAGAGAAACUAGCCGUAGUGAAACGGAAGAAAAUGAAAAGUGAGCUUUUAUAAGAGA